CCCCCAAAAAAAAAAAGUUAGACAAACACACACAUAAUCAUCUUCCAAGCACACUGCAGGCCGAGAGGGCUUCAGAUCCUCCUUCCUGGUGCAGCCCAGCACUAUGACCUCCAUGUCCAGCCUGUUCUCUUUCACCAGCCCAGCGGUGAAGCGAUUGCUGGGCUGGAAGCAGGGCGACGAGGAGGAAAAAUGGGCAGAAAAAGCUGUGGACGCCUUGGUGAAGAAACUGAAGAAGAAGAAAGGCGCCAUGGAGGAUUUGGAGAAAGCCCUCAGCAGUCCUGGGCAGCCCAGCAAAUGUGUGACCAUCCCCCGCUCGUUGGAUGGAAGGCUACAGGUAUCCCACAGGAAGGGCCUCCCUCAUGUCAUCUACUGCCGUGUGUGGCGCUGGCCGGACCUGCAGUCCCAUCACGAGCUCAAACCCCUGGAAGUGUGCGAGUAUCCGUUCGGUUCCAAACAGAAAGAAGUGUGCAUCAAUCCCUAUCACUACAAGCGUGUUGAAAGUCCUGUACUUCCCCCAGUUUUGGUUCCACGACACAGCGAAUUCAACCCUCAGCACAGCCUGCUGGUGCAGUUCCGCAACCUGACUCACAAUGAGCCUCACAUGCCUCUCAACGCCACCUUCCCAGAAUCCUUCCAGCAGCACAGUGGAGGAAGCUCCUUCCCAAUCUCUCCAAACUCACCCUACCCUCCAUCUCCUGCCAGCAGUGGCACCUACCCCAACUCACCUGCAAGCUCUGGGCCAUCCAGCCCCUUCCAGCUGCCAGCUGAUACCCCACCUCCUGCCUACAUGCCUCCAGAUGAGCAGAUGGGACAGGACGGGUCUCAGUCCAUGGAGACUGGCAGCAGCAUGGUGCCCCAGAACAUGCCCAGAGGUGAUGUGCAGCCAGUGGAGUAUGAGGAGCCCAGUCACUGGUGUUCUAUUGUGUACUACGAGCUGAAUAAUCGUGUGGGAGAGGCUUACCAUGCUUCCUCCACCAGCGUACUGGUUGAUGGCUUCACUGACCCAUCCAGCAACAAGAACCGUUUCUGCCUGGGCCUGCUCUCUAACGUCAAUCGCAACUCCACUAUUGAAAACACCCGCCGCCAUAUUGGAAAAGGUGUCCACCUGUAUUACGUUGGAGGGGAAGUGUAUGCAGAGUGUCUGAGUGACACCAGCAUUUUCGUCCAGAGCCGGAAUUGCAAUUACCAUCAUGGUUUCCACCCAACAACUGUUUGCAAGAUUCCCAGUGGCUGUAGCCUCAAGAUCUUCAACAACCAAGAAUUUGCUCAGCUGCUUGCUCAGUCUGUCAACCAUGGUUUUGAGGCUGUCUAUGAGCUCACCAAGAUGUGCACCAUUCGCAUGAGCUUUGUAAAGGGUUGGGGGGCUGAGUAUCACCGACAAGAUGUGACAAGCACCCCUUGUUGGAUAGAAGUGCAUCUCCACGGUCCCCUACAAUGGCUGGAUAAAGUUCUAACACAAAUGGGUUCUCCUCUGAACCCCAUCUCUUCUGUCUCGUAAUGAUGGGCCCUCUCUGGGCUAGGAGGAUCUUUUUAUGAGCGUUUAUUUUUUUCUUUACCCCUCCCCCCUUUUUUUAUUUUAUUCAUUUUUGAAAGAAAAGGAGGUCUUAAGGGAUGAACUGUUUACACUAGCUGCAGAAGGGUUUGCGAAUCCUACAGCUGUCAGAGCGAUAAGAAUGAACUGGGGCUCUAAGCACAGCUAGCAGAGGAAAAUUCUAGGCAGUGACUAAAUGGACUAACUACUGCUUUAGCAAUUGCCUUUUAAAUGGAUGCUUGUAUGACUGAUUUUCUCUAACUGUAGCUUAUAUGAAAUUGACAUGCUUUCAAGUAUCUCUGCUUCACUUUACACCAGUUGAAAAUGGCAAUUUCCUAGUUCUAUGAUGAUUCUUUUAAUUGCUACGUUGUCUAAUCACAAUUAUUUGCAAUGCAUCUUUUCAUCUAUGUUUACUGUUAGACUCAAAGCUCAUUACAAAUGUUUCCUUUUUAUAGCUUCUGUUGCCUCAAGGAAAAACACAAAGUUACUGCUUUUAAAUAAAGUUCUUUUUAUCUGUCAAUUUACAUGUUUUUCUUAGCAACAAUGUUUUUAAAGUCUGACUAAGGAAAACUAGUAACCUCUUAGAAUACACAUUAGUCAUGAGCACUAAGAGCAGUUUCAACACCAAGUCUUGUCUUUGCACGAUUCAUUGUAGUGUUUCAGUGUUAUAUUACACAGCUGUUUUGACUAGUUCAGCAUGUUCUUGCAUGCAUGUUUAUUUUUUUUUUCUUUUACAAGCACAUAUAUGCACAAUUUAACAGGAAUAUUGAAACAAAAUUGUGUAGUUCCUGCAAAUAUAUCAUACUUUUGUUUUCUAAAAGUAAAUUUCUCAGUAGGUCGAGUUAGUGUGCCUGGAGACUUAACUUGACUGUGUUGUCUGUCAAUUGGUUCCCUCUACUGGACAAACAAUGAUUUUUGUUUGUUUGUACUAAUGUAUUUGUUUGGUAUGAGGUACUAAGAAUUUCAUGUACAGUCCAAAU